UCUACAUUCAGAAAUUAAGAAAGAAAGCAGCCAUAUGGUCUGAGUUUGCUGCAGUGUGACUUCGCACCUUAACACCAUGGCGCAUGGAAACACUUGGGGACGCGUCAAAGCGCAAUUUGGCACGGGGCUGCCAGGGCCUUGAUAAAUAGGAGCUUCCUGCCUUCAGCCUCACAUCCUCACAGGACUACACUCAGAGCUGAUCAAAGCGCAAGGAGCCAUGGAAGCCUACUCUACCAACAGUGGAUUAACGCCCGUUUUAUCUGGAGCCAGUUCUACGCAGCAAUCCAAUAUGUGGAGACCGUGGAGUGGGAAUCAGGGCGAAACUGCGCCAUGUGUGACUAACUCUACGCAUGGAAACCUCUCAACUGCAAGCAUCCCCAAACCUCCUCAAGUCGUACAUCCCGUGAAGUUGUUCUGGCCGAAAUCCAGAUGUUUCGAUUAUCUGUACCAGGACGCAGAAAUGCUGCUCCGCAACUAUCCGGUCCAAGCGACCAUCUGCCCCUAUGGAGACUCCAGCAGUGAUGAAGAAAGCAUUGAUGAAGAAGAAGAAGAGGCGGAGAAGGAGCUGAACUAAAUGUCACCCUCUGAAGCCUUUGAAGACAAUUUGCUGAAUAGUGUGCUAAUAUAUACAUUUCUCUUAAUUUAUUCCUGUAAAUAUAUGUAAAUAGAUCCUUUUCCAUUUCUACAUCGAACAAGAAUGUA